CUGCCAAACACGGACCCUCACGAAGAUUUUAGAAGAAAUCUCGACAAGUCUUAUCAUGUGGCUUUUCUACACCUUGAUUCCAUGUUUGCUCAUAGAUGAAGUUGCCCUUCUGCCUGCCCCUCAGAACCUCUCUAUACAGUCAACCAACAUGAAGCAUCUCUUGACAUGGAGCCCAGUGAUCAUGGGUGGAGAAACAAUCCACUAUUCUGUUGAGUACCAGGGAGAGUAUGAGAGCCUGUUCAUGAGCCACAUCUGGAUCCCCAGCAGCAGGUGCUCACCUACCACAGUUCCUGAAUGUGACGUCACCGAUGACAUCACUGCCACCGUGCCGUACAACCUCCGGGUCAGGGCCAUCCUAAGCUCACAGACUUCAGCCUGGAGCAUCCUGAAGCCACCCUUUAAUCGAAACUCAACCAUUCUAACCCCACCUGGAAUGGAGGUCACCAAGGAUGGCUUCCACCUGGUGGUUAAGCUGGAAGACCUGGGACCCCAGUUUGAGUUCCUCGUGGCCUACUGGAGGAGGGAGCCUAGUGCCAAGGAACAUGUCAAAAUAGUGAGGAGCAGGGGCAUUCCAGUGCACCUGGAAACCAUGGAGCCAGAGGCUGUGUACUGUGUGAAGGCCCAGACGUUCGUGAGGGCCAUCGGGAGGCACAGCGCCUUCAGCCAGGCAGAAUGUGUCAAGGUGCAAGAAGAGACCCUCCCCCUGGCGUUGGCCCUGUUUGCAUUUGUUGGCUUCAUGCUGAUCCUUGUGGUUGUGCCGCUCUCCAUCUGGAAGAUGGGCCGGCUGCUCCGAUACUCCUGUUGCCCCGUGGUGGUGCUCCCCGACACUUUGAAAAUCACCAAUUCACCCCAGAAGUUAAUCAGCUGCAGAAGGGAAGAGGUGGAAGCCUGUGCCACGACUGUGCUGUCUUCUGAGGAACUCUCAGGACCUGAUCGAGGAGGCUUGGGGAAGGGCCCAGAUGAAGCUAAGAAACCUGGUCUGCAUGACACAGGGGGAAAGGCUGUGCUUCUGUGUUUCUGUUUUCCUCCAAGGACAAGAGAAGUCAGAAAAGCCUUCUGUGUCCAUUUCUAGAAGCAACUGUCAGAGGCAGAGUGGUUUGACAGACAAAGCACUGAGUGGGAGCAGAUGUGCCUGAAGAAUUGGAUCUAUCUGCCAUCCACUAGCUGAAUGACCUUUGGGAAAGUGACUUGGUCUCUCUGGCUCUCGGUUUUCUCAUCUAUGGAAUGGGUGGAUUAACUAUACCACUGUUAUACCAUAUAUAUAUAUCCAGCACUGGCAGAGCUGUAGGGAAAUUGGUGACGCUGUACAUUGCAUUGGUUCGGCUCUUCUGAAGAGCAGUAUGUAAAAGUAUAACAGGCAUGAUCUGAGACUCUAUACACCAAGAGGGUUUGGAGAUCCCACUUUCCUAGAGGAAAACUUGAAAAGGAAAGGAAGGAUGGGUACAAUGGUGUUGGUUUCACUUUAAGCCAAUGCCUGUGCAGAGGUGAAUGGCUCAGCCUGCCCUACAGUGAAACUGGGACGAGGAGGAAUGCUGUGAGUACAUGAAAUACUAUAAACAGUAAAUAGUGUGUGCACAUUGAGGACAGCAGCUAAAAUGUAUGUGUAUGAUGAGACGACAACGCAGAAGGACGUCAGUAAGUGUGAUAUUUGCUAUGUUCCUUUUUCCUGUAGAGUUGUUAAGGUAUAGGACUAAAAGUAUAAAGGGGUCACCUUGGGUAAUCAUUUUGGUUUUUUUUCUUCUAAAAAAGUGAUCUUUAGGGUUUCUAGUUACAUCAAGGACCUUGAGUCCAGAGAGGCCACUGAAGACCACCUUUGGUCAGGAGGUAUCGGGGCGACCCUAAGUCAGGGAUGGGGCAGGAGAAGAAUAAGGGGGCAGCCUCUGGUCACAUGAGAACUCCAACUGAGGCAACUGGCCAAAGCCUCCCCUGGUCAGGGUGCUCCUGGGUCUUCCUGGAGGCCUCACUCCACAGGAAAUCCCUUUGGGGAUCUCUUUUCCUUAGGAGGCCUGCCUCUGGAAGCCUCUUCCUUUUCCUCUUCUUCACUAGGGGAGGAAAAGAGGGUCAGAGAACGAAUGGAGGGGGGAAGUUUUUUUUUUGGCAAAGUGAUUGAUGGGCAAGGCUUGUGCCUCUCCCUUCUUAGCCCCCACCCCUAACAGCUCUGGAGCUUCUGAGUGGUUUGUCUCCAUGCCCACUUCCUGGUCCCCUUCCAGCCAGCCCAGUGGGGACCAUCUAACUGCCUCAACCAGGUGUUUCCCCUGCAAGAUAGAGGCCUACAACCCUCUCUCCACCUGGUGGGGUUUCAAGUGAUCAAAGGAUGGGAUCUCUCUAGGAAGAUGAGAUACUUGAAGAUCUUUUCCUUUGUACUAUUUUGUAUGCUUUUGUGUUGUUUGACUCUUUCGUGAAGAGUAUUUGUUAAUUUUAUAUUUGGCUUACACUGGAGACAUACUUUCAGUUUGCAAAAAUAAAAACUAUUCU